CUCUCUUUCCUCAAGUCGUUGUUAAUAAAUAAAUUUAUACAGAUAUGUGUUUCCACACUUCCAAAAUAUGCAUAUAAAUAAAUAAAUUUAGCAUAACAUAUAUUUUAAAGAUCGGUUGUUCUCGUGAUCUGUGCACAGUGUACAUGAUACGAAUUCUUGGGUUUUGGUGGAUUUGCUUCAAUCAUUGCUAUAUAUCCAUCUGUCUAUGAAUCAUUCACUUUAUACUAAUUGGGAUCUACUAGAGGGGUGAGACCCAUUUUGGAAUUUUGGGUUUUUUUGGGUUUUCAAAGUGAAAAAAAAAGUUUGUUUUUUUUGAAUGACAAAGUUAUGAGGAUUUUCUCUGGCUUUUGGAAGGAUUUGAGUGUUUGCAGCUCCAAAAGUGGCUUUGUAAAAGGUGGAUUCUUUGGAUUUAAUAGACUGUGAGAUCAAAUCGUUCAACAAAUGACGGUGUUUUGACCAGAAUGGAUCCUCAGGCUUUUAUUAGGCUGUCAAUAGGGUCGUUGGGGUUGAGACUCUCUGGGACAACUUUAAACGGUACAAAAUCAGGGAUAAGUGCACUCUCUUCUCCUUGUGUAUGCGAGAUCCGUCUUCGAGGUUUCCCUGUACAGACAUCGUCUGUUCCCUUUAUUUCCUCACCUGAAGCUACCGUGGAUAUUCACAACGUUGCAUCCAGCUUUUAUCUUGAAGAAUCUGAUUUGAAAGCCUUACUUGAACCUGGGUGUUUUUAUGCGCCGCAUGCAUGCCUGGAGAUAGUUGUAUUCACAGGACACAAAGGUGGCCACUGUGGUGUUGGUAUUAAGAGACAACAAGUUGGGACUUUUAAGUUGGAAGUAGGUCCUGAGUGGGGUGAUGGAAAGCCAGUCACUCUGUUUAAUGGCUGGAUAGGAAUUGGCAAGAACAAACAGGAGACUGGAAAACCUGGAGCGGAGCUUCAUUUGAGAGUGAAGCUGGACCCUGAUCCAAGAUAUGUUUUCCAGUUUGAAGAUAAAACGAAACUAAGUCCCCAGAUAGUGCAGCUUCAGGGAACCAUCAAGCAACCUAUUUUCAGUUGCAAGUUUAGCCAGGACAGGGUAUCUCCGGUAGAUCCAUUAAAUAAUUUUUGGUCAAAUUCAGUUGACGGUUCUGAACUAGACGUAGAGAAAAGAGAGAGGAAAGGAUGGAAAGUGAAAAUACACGAUCUCUCUGGCUCGGCUGUUGCAGCAGCGUUCAUAACAACUCCAUUUGUGCCAUCAACAGGUUGUGAUUGGGUUGCCAAAUCCAACCCAGGAGCUUGGUUGAUUGUUCAUCCUGAUGUUUGUAGGCCCGGAUGUUGGCAGCCAUGGGGAAAGCUUGAAGCAUGGCGUGAACGUGGGAUCAGAGAUACCAUUUGCUGUCGCUUCCAUCUUCUAUCCGAGGGGCAAGAAAAUGGUGGUGAUCUCCUCAUGUCUGAGAUCUUGAUCAGUGCAGAAAGGGGUGGUGAGUUCUACAUAGACACGGACAGACAGGUUCGAGCAGCAACGAGUCCAUUGCCUAGUCCAAGAAGCAGCGGAGACUUCGCAGCACUAAGUCCUGUUGCAGGCGGCUUUGUCAUGAGCUGUCGAGUACAAGGGGAAGGGAAAUGCAGCAAACCCCUCGUGCAACUUGCCAUGAGACACGUGACCUGUGUGGAAGACGCAGCCAUUUUCAUGGCGCUUGCUGCUGCAGUUGAUCUUAGCAUUGAGGCAUGCAGGCCUUUUCGCAGAAGAUUACGGAGAAGUAGUCGCCAUUCCUGGUGAUGUAUACACAUAAUGAUGGGGGAUACUGAUUGAUAUCCUCCUCUAAUGAAGUUAGCCAAACCCUUGUUGUAUUUCUCCUGAUUGUUGUAACAACUUGACGACUUGUAUAGAACCAACUUAAUCUAUAUAUUUAUUUUACUCUCUCCUCAAAA